GACAAUUCGUAGACUCCUUUUUUCUACUCUUUCUUCUAUAAUGAGUAAAGUUAAACUUUUUCACAAUAGUCAUCCUGUCGAUCUUUAUUUACCAAAUGCUGGUAAUCGUAAAAUCUCUUUGACGGAUUACAUUACCGAGACAUGUCCAUCGCUUGUUGGACCAAAAGCCGUCUAUAACCCAACUCCUUAUUUAUUUAAUGGGCAUUUGCAAACUGGGUAUGCUGCUUUUUAUAAUCAUGCUCCUACUGUAAAUGCUGUUACUUAUGAAAGAGAGUUUGUAGAUACACCUGACGGAGGUACUUUUGCGUUAGAUUGGGCACGUACAAAAGAGAAUCUAAAAGAAGAUGAAACACCUACAUUGGUUGUAUUACAUGGUUUAACUGGUGGUAGUCAUGAAUCAUAUAUUCGUUGCUUAUUAGAAAUAGUUACAUAUCCACCUUUCAAUUACCGUGCUGUAGUAAUGAAUUCUCGUGGCUGUGCUAACAGUGAAAUUAAGACACCUCAAAUGUAUAGUGGUGGCUACACAGAUGAUUUUAGAGUGGCCAUUCAACAUAUUCAAAAACGAUUAGCACCUAAUACACCUUUAGUUGGUAUUGGAUUUUCACUUGGCUCUAAUGUUUUAGUUAAAUAUCUUGGAGAAGAAGGCGAUAAAACACCCUUAAAGGCUGCAAUUUCAGUCGCGAAUCCUUUUGAUUUUAGACUUUCAAUGGAACUUUUAAGUCAAUCAUAUAUUGGUAGAAAAAUUUAUUCCCCUAAAAUGGCUCAAAACUUAAAAAAUACUUUUGCUAGACACAUGGACAUUGUAGUUAAAGGUGGAAAAAUCAAUCCAGAUGAGGUCAUGGCCGCACAGACAAUUCAAGAAUUUGAUGAAGCGUGUACAAGGAAAAUGUUUGAUUAUACGACAGUUAAUAAUUAUUAUCGUGACGCAAGUUCCUGUCGUUUUAUUGAAUUUGUAAAGAUACCAUUAUUAUGUCUAAAUGCCUUAGAUGAUCCUAUUGCUGCAGCAGAUUGUAUUCCUUAUGAUGAAAUUAAAACAAACCCAAAUGUUGUGCUUGCUACUACAGAUUAUGGUGGACAUUUAGGCUGGUUUGAAAAUGUAAAAUAUCCUACAAGAUGGAUGGUCAAGCCACUUACUGAAUUUAUUGUUGCCAUGUUCCAGGCUUAUGAUGUUAGAAGUGUACAAGGAGAGCAUUUUAAUGCAGAAGCUGUUGACAAUAAGAUAGAUGAUAUUCAAAGUCAAGUAGAAGGUACACCCCAAAUUGCUUAAUUAUUGUUACUAUUAUGUCUAUUUUAAUUAAUAAAUAAAAAAUAAUAAUAUAAUAUAUAUACAUAUACCAUUUAUUUGAAACAUAUCAAAUAAUAAAUAAUGUCUAUUCUUAGCAAUUUUAGAUAAAUUCUAUUCUUUUCUUAAUGAAAAUCCAAGCGGAGAAGCUGCGAAGUAUAAUUAUUUAAUAACAAAUAAAAAAAAAUUGAUUCUUUUGUUAUCAUCCUUUUCUUCUUCUUCUUCUUGUUCUUAACUUACAUAAUGUAUCCACCGGAACAUUCACAAUUACCGC